AUGCACCCAUGGGAUGAACCAACAGCUCCAAUGGAGAGAGUACAUAUAGAUUUUGCAGGAACAUUCAUGAAUAUGUAUUUUCUGGUACUCGUGGAUGCUUAUUCUAGGUGGCCAGAAAUACAUAUUGUGAAAAACAUGACUGCUGAAACGACCAUUAAUGUUUUAAGAAAAAUAUUUGCAUGCUUUGGUUUGCCAUAUGUACUAGUAUCUGAUAAUGCUCAAACUUUUACAUGCUAUGAAUUUAAAAAGUUUAUGCAAGAAAAUGGUAUCAUUCAAAAAUUUUCAGCACCAUAUCAUCCAGCAACAAAUGGAUUGGCAGAAAGAUACGUGCAAACUUUUAAACAGGCUUUAAGAGCGUUAAAAGGGAAUGACAAGGAAAAAGAAUUAUCAAAAUUCCUUUUGCAUUAUAGAAAAACACCGCAUGCCACUACGGGAGUAAGUCCAGCAUACCUAAUGUUUAACAGGGAAUUGAGAACAAGGCUAGACUUACUGGCAAAACCCAGGAAUACCUUGGAGGAUAAAUCAGAUUUUCACCCGAAAAGGAAAUUUCAGGUGGGAGAGAGAGUAGAAUGUAGGGAUUACAUACAUGGUGAAAAGUGGGAAUUUGGUAAAAUUAUAAAAUGUCUAGGAAAGUUGCAUUAUUUGGUCAAUAUGGAUGACGGUUUAGAAUGGAGAAGGCAUGUAAACCAGAUAAGGGGAAUUGGAAACGAUACACCGAUGGUCAGUAGUAGGAGGGAUCAAUGUUCGGAGCCUUGGGAGCCAUAUCUUUUUAUGCACCAAGAUCAAAUAAAUAAAGAUCCAAUAGAUAAUCACAAAAAUCAGAUUGAUACUGACUUGCCUGAAGAUAAUUCAAGUACGCCAGUGGAAGUAAGGGAUCCGGAAUUUUUGUCAUGCACACCGUCGAUAGAUCCUAUUCUAAGGCGCUCAAAACGAAACGUUAAACCGCAUGAACGAUUAAAUUUGUAA